AUGACGUUGAAGAAAUUAGACAAGAUCACACAAACAGCAUUUGAGCAGUCAUUAUCAAACAAUCGAGAGCUGAUCACUAUGAAGGAACUAUUUCAAUUUAUUGAACAAAGGUUCCAAUCGCUAGAAACAAUAAAUAAUAGCGCAUCAAUUAAAAAAUGGGUUAAGACAGUGGCUACAACUAACACUGCACCAGUUAAAUGUCCAAUAUGCAAGAGAGAUAAUCAUCCAAUUCAUCUAUGCAAGCAGUUCCUGGAUGACACCCCAGCUAAGAGGCUACAUCUCAUAAAAUCAUUGCAACGAUGUUUCAAUUGUCUAAAAAAUGGUCACUUCACAAAAGACUGCACAUCAGGCAGUUGCUUAAAAUGCAGCAAGAAACACAACACCCUGCUGCAUUUAGAAGGCACACUUGAAGCAUCCAUGAUUAAGAAGGCAUCAUUAUCAAAAAAUCCUGCUUCUCUGUUCUCCAACAAUCUCAACAUCCAAAAAAAUUAUGUGGUAUUAGGAACUGCACGUGUUGUCGUUAAAGGCAACAAUGGAAGAGAAAUUGAGUGCAGAGCAUUAUUGGAUUCCGGCUCCCAAGUCAACCUGAUAACCGAUCAAAUAAUUAAGAAGUUAGGUGAAAACCCGAAAAAGACCUCAGCAUGUAUAGAAGGUGUGGGGCAAAAAAAACAAGAUGCGCAACAACGAAUCAAUUUAGCUUUCUCGUCCAGAAUUAACGGAUUUAGCAGCCGAAUAGAGGCUUAUGUAUUACCUAAGAUUGUGUGUGAUCAGCCGAGCAUUCAUAUUGAAAGCUCAAGCUGGAAAAUACCACAGAACAUCAAUCUGGCAGAUCCGUCGUUCAAUACCCCAAACAAAAUCGAUCUCCUACUUGGAGCUGAGUUUUCUCAUCAACUAUUGUCCAUCGGCCAAAUAAACCUUGGCAGAGGUCUCCCCAUCCUACAGAACACAUUGCUUGGGUGGCUUGUGGUGGGAAAAAUAUCUAACCAAAAUUCAAUUAUUUCACCACAAGUUUGUGGAAUAUGCUCUGAAGAUGAGCAAGAUACGAUGAAGGUUAUCGAGCGGUUCUGGCAACUAGAUGAACCAGAAAAGGCAAACAAAAUUCUGUCUCCUUCCGAAGAGUUGUGCGAGUCUCAUUUUGCAACUUAUAUGAAAAGGAAUCAAGACGGUCGAUUCAGUGUCAGAUUACCCUUCAAGCAAGAUCCAUCGUUGCUUGGUGAGUCAAAACACAUUGCCAUUAACAGGUUUUUAGCGUUGGAAAGAAGACUCGAUAAGGAUGUAAUACUCAAAACACAGUAUGUACAGUUCAUGAAUGAAUAUGCUGAUCUCGGACACAUGGAAAGGGUUGACAUCAACCAAGUUAAUCCUCAUUAUGUCAUCCCACAUCAUGGCGUUUUACGGCCCGAUAGCAGCACCACGAAAUUAAGAGAGGUGUUUGAUGCAUCGUGCAAGACGAGUAGUGGACUAUCGUUAAAUGAUACAAUGUUUACUGGCCCUACAAUUCAAGAGGAAUUGUUUGCGAUUUUACUUCGAUUCAGGUGCCCAAGAUUUGUCUUUUGUUCUGACAUUCAAAAAAUGUACAGACAAAUCAUUAUUCAGCCCGAAGAUAAAACAUAUCAAUUAAUAGUCUGGAGAAGCAAUAAUAACGAACCCUUACAAUUUUAUCGAUUAAAAACAGUCACCUAUGGAACACGAUCAGCCCCAUAUCUGGCUACUAAAUGCUUACAACAGUUGGCGAAAUCUAAGUUGCAAAAAUAUCCACUAGGUGCAGCAGCACUAAGUAAUGACUUCUACGUAGAUGAUUGCCUAAGUGGAUCAAAUAGUCUCCAAACUGCCAAAGAUAUACAAACUCAGUUAAAAGGUUUGUUGGAAUCAGCAGGAUUCAAGCUACGUAAAUGGUGUGCCAACCAUCCGUCACUUCUUCAAAAUAUUGCAAAAGAAGAUCAAGAAGUUGAUUUGGACUUUCAAAGUGACGACGCAACAUCAAUCAAAACAUUAGGAUUGACUUGGCAACCAAAAGAAGAUCAAUUUCGCAUAAAAUUAAAACUAGAUCCAUUAAAAAUCAUUACUAAAAGAACCAUUACUUCGAACCUAACCAAAAUUUUCGACCCAUUGGGACUACUAGGUCCAGUACUCGUAACAGCAAAAAUACUAAUUCAGGACCUAUGGCAACUACAAUUAACAUGGGACGAAGCAGUACCAGCCGAAAUAUACACUAGGUGGACUACCUUUUAUGACUAUCUACAAGUACUAGAUCAAUUUAAAAUAGAUCGUCAUAUAUUCGGAAAACAGAUGCCAGCACUUGAAUCAAUACAAUUGCACGUAUUUUGUGAUGCUUCACAAAAGGCAUACGGAGCCGCAGUUUACGUUCGAGCGAAACUAAUGGAUGGUCGACUAAUAAAUCGAUUGUUGUGUUCCAAGUCUCGUGUUGCUCCACUCAAAAAACAAACGACUCCAAGGUUAGAACUGUGUUCAGCUCUAUUAGGAGCGACAUUGAUGAAAAAGGUUAAGAACAAUAUAAAUCAUGAUGUAGCAACAUAUUAUUGGACUGAUUCAGAAAUCGUUCUCUUCUGGAUCAACUCUUCAUCAGCAAGGCAUCAACAGUUCAUAGCAAAUAGAAUCAAUGCAAUUCAAGAAAUUAGCUUGCCUAAUCAAUGGCGUCACGUAAGAUCUAAGGAUAAACCAGCUGACUCAUUAUCACGGGGUAUCAAGCCAGCUCAAUUACUCGAAAAUAACUUGUGGUUAUACGGUCCACUCUUUCUUCAUGGUUCCGAAAGCAACUGGCCUGGCGAAUUCAAUAAAACUCUCUGUAUUGAUCCGGUGAAUCCUGAAUGGAAACAAACGACAAGGGAAGUGGCCUUAAUCUCAACUGAUUACGAUAUCCAUUGGAUCGAUAGAAUCAAUCACAGGAAUUCAUUUAGAACUCUACUACAUACGGUGGGAUAUAUGCUGCGAUUUGUAAAUCGGGCAAGGCGAACCAAUUUAAGCAAUAUCACUAUGGCUCUAAGCCCUAUGGAACUGGAGCUGUCACUCAGGCAUAUAGUGAAGUACAUACAACAGUCAGAACUAAAAGAAGAAUUAAUUCAGUUAGAACGCAACCAAACAGUAAAACCUGCAAGUACACUUGCUGGACUGAUGCCAUUUUUAGAUGAACACAAGAUAAUUUGCGUGGGGGGAAGACUAAGAGUAAUAGAACUUAUAACAAUUUUCGCAAUGGAAUACGACAAUAAUCAUCAUUUCGAUCAAGAAUUCGAUUUGUUAUUUGAAGUAGCUGGUGGUAAAAGACACAUCGUGGAAUUAACAUCACAAAGUGAAAUCAAGCAUGACGAACCACUAACCUACAGACCAGUAAAAUCUGCAAGAAGAAGAAUAGCACACGUACCGAAAUAUAUGAAUGAUGUGGAUGUUAUUGCAAUCGAUUAUAAUCAAAAAGAUACAUCUAGAAAAAUCACGGAACAACAUGGAACCAUAAAACCUAUUGAUUUGAAGAAGAAAAAUAAACUUAAAGUGACAUCUGAAACAGUACAAAAUGCUUUAGUGAACGCAAGAGAGAAAAAAGCGUCAAAUUCAGAAAAUAAUAUGAAGAGGAAGAGGGAUGAUCGAACUAUAUGUGCUGCUCAACAGAAAAAGCAAAAACUACUAAGAGUAAUAGAACUUAUAACAAUUUUCGCAAUGGAAUACGACAGUAAUCAUCAUUUCGAUCAAGAAUUCGAUUUGUUAUUUGAAGUAGCUGGUGGUAAAAGACACAUCGUGGAAUUAACAUCACAAAGUGAAAUCAAGCAUGAUGAACCACUAACCUACAGACCAGUAAAAUCUGCAAGAAGAAGAAUAGCACACGUACCGAAAUAUAUGAAUGAUGUGGAUGUUAUUGCAAUCGAUUAUAAUCAAAAAGAUACAUCUAGAAAAAUCACAGAACAACAUGGAACCAUACAACCUAUUGAUUUGAAGUAG